CUUUACCACAUGACGUGAUAAAACUGCACAACUGAACUAGCAACCUAUAUUUCUGCUAAGAAAGAUAUUGUUUAUCAGCCUGUCUUUAUUGUAUGGAUUACGAAAGUAUUUCAUUCGAAUACCAAACUUGUUAGCGGUGGACAUGAACAUAAUUUUUACGGCAUAGUAUUUGGGAUUUAACAGAACGAGACCGGUUUUGUGUUACCACGGAUUUGACAAAUAUGCAUAUGUAGAAGCCAUGAUGUUCUCGUAAAAGGCAAAACAAUUGAUAACUUAUGUACAUUAUCAAGGUUUUUUCUUCAGCGUAAGAUAAACCAUGUCUGCAAGAGCGGUAGAUCGUAUAGAUCCAUUCACUAGCAAAACUGCAGUGAAGUCGAAAAAACAAAAACGGUCUCAAGGCUCAUCGCAUUAUCGGACCAAAAAUGCCCCCGAACUGCAAGCAUUACCGCAGUUGAAAGACACUGUACCUGCAGAGCAACAAGAAUUGUUCAUUAAGAAAUUACAGCAAUGUUGUGUUGUGUUUGACUUUAUGGACCCUGUAUCUGACCUCAAAAGUAAAGAGGUGAAAAGAGCAUGUCUUAACGAACUUGUGGAUUACAUCACAGCUACUCGAGGUGUCCUGGCUGAACCUGUGUAUCCAGAGGUCGUCCGCAUGAUUGCUUGUAAUAUAUUCCGUACAUUACCGCCAAAUGACAACCCUGACUUUGACCCGGAGGAAGACGACCCCACCCUAGAGGCCUCCUGGCCACAUUUACAGAUUGUUUAUGAAUUCUUCCUAAGGUUUUUAGAAUCUCCAGAUUUUCAACCAAGCCUUGCAAAGAAAUAUAUAGACCAAAAGUUUGUUCUUCAGUUACUGGAACUGUUUGAUAGUGAAGAUCCUAGGGAAAGAGACUUUUUGAAGACAGUGUUACAUAGGAUAUAUGGCAAAUUUUUAGGCCUUAGAGCUUUCAUUAGGAAACAGAUAAAUAAUAUCUUCCUCAGGUUUAUAUAUGAAACAGAAUCUUUUAAUGGUGUUGGAGAAUUGUUAGAGAUUUUAGGCAGCAUUAUUAAUGGUUUUGCGUUACCUCUGAAAGCAGAGCACAAGCAGUUUUUAAUUAAAGUUCUGAUACCUCUCCACAAGGCAAAGACUCUGAAUCUGUACCAUGCCCAGUUGGCUUAUUGUGUCGUGCAGUUUUUAGAAAAAGAUGCCCCCUUGACAGAAGAGGUCAUAAAAGGACUUCUGAAACUCUGGCCCAAAACCUGUAGUCAAAAAGAGGUAAUGUUCUUGGGAGAAAUUGAGGAGAUACUAGAUGUUAUUGAACCGACCCAGUUCCAAAAAGUCAUGGAGCCUCUGUUCAGGCAGAUUUCUAGAUGUGUAUCUAGUCCACAUUUUCAAGUUGCAGAGAGGGCGCUGUAUUAUUGGAACAAUGACUACAUUAUGAGCCUGAUUGAGGAGAAUUCCAAUGUGGUUCUCCCCAUCAUGUUUCCAGCCCUGUAUAAAAUCUCCAAGGAGCACUGGAAUCAAACCAUUGUAGCCCUGGUUUAUAACGUUCUCAAAACCUUCAUGGAAAUGAAUGGUAAACUGUUUGACGAACUUACUGCCAACUACAAAGCUGAGAGACAAAAAGAAAAGAAAAAGGAGAAGGAUAGAGAGGAACUUUGGAAAAAACUAGAGAAGAUAGAAUUCAAUAGUAAAAACAAGAUGAACAACAAGACUUAGUCUGCCAUUAUCAGGAACUGUUAAUUUUGUGUGCAUGUGUGUGUGAAUAGCUCCGCCCACGACGCAGGUCGUGACCUCACUGUGGCUCAUCAGAAUGUAUAUGCGCAUGCUAAAUAAGUCACAUGACAAAGAUAAUAGUUGUAAAGUCAUGGAGUCUUUAUUUUUUGAACAAGAAGGGAUUAACUGCCGAGAGUUUAUAUCAAUGUUACCUUUAGCAUCUUAGUGGAAGGCAUACAUAAUAUUGACAAGGAUUUUGAUUACAUAUGAAAUUAUGAACAAACUGUGACCACUUGUAAUAUAAUUUUCAUAUCUCCCUGCCUUAUGCUAAAUGUUAAGAUAGUGCCAAGCUUGUACUGGUCCUGUUAUGAUUUUCCUUGUACAACCUUGUGGGAACUUUGUUUACCCUAACUUCACUUUGAAUCAAACUUGAGUUCAAAGAGAAGCACUCACAUCUUUUAAUUAACACUCAUGGGAGAAAGUGCUAUUUCAAGAACAGUGUAUACUUAUGGAAUAGAUAAAUUGCCUCCACGGUGGCUUAUUAUAGGUAUUCUUCUUGUGAGUACUGAGUGCUAGGAAAGCUUCUGUAGUAAAUAAGAUGGAAGAAUUGUCAUGUUACCGACCUUCCCUGAAUUUUGCCCUUUGUGUGUUCUUACCUGACCAGGUCCAAGUAUUUCCCUCGUCUGCCAACAUUGUAAUAAUACCAUUGUUAUUUAUUGCAUAAAACUCAUCACAAGAAACAGGUGCACUACUUAUAUAUAUAGGUAUUAAUAUGUAUCACCUUUAGUUUUAUAUGAUAACAUGUUUCAGUAGCAUAACAUACCCUCUUAUUCAUUUCCUUUUCUACCAAAAGUUUAUGUGUAGCACCUUUGUUAGUUUGUUGGAGCACUAAGGCCACACUAUGUAAUUGUAAUAAAUCAAAAUGAGUCUGCAUUAUGGGCACUUCAGAUUUCAUUUUCAGUGUAUCAAAUGUUGCCCCCUUUGGUGUCAGAUGAAGUGGGUGCAAAAUAUAGAUGUGUUCACUUAAUUUCUGUUGUUUGUCUUGUGAAAACAUUCUUUUUUUUCUAUAUUAAUGUAUCUGUAUGGUUUCUGAAUAAAAUAAGAAGUUCUUGUUUUCUGAAAACUAAUAUCUUUGACAAUCAACAAAAAUUUGCAUUUAUAACUGGGCAGGUAGAGAAUUGUUACUUUUCUGGAGUGUUAAUAAAGCAGUUGAUUGGGUAUUUGAGUGCAUAGGUUGUAUGAGAAACUACUAUGGACUCUGCUGGUCAGAGUAAACAUUAACAAAAAGUACUACAGAGGCCAACUAGCAUAACGUACACUGUCCAGAUUAUUCUUGUUUUUUAUGGUACUGUGUGUGUACAUUAUUACUUAUGUGUAAUGAUGACUAGUAUUUAUUACUCUGUGGCCCGUUUUAUUUUUAAUAUGCAAUAAAUUGUUGAUGUACAGAUUAGUUUUUUUGACAAGUGAAUGUGAAAAAAAUAUGUGUAUAGUCAUCAAAGUAUGUACAUAGUUUUGUAUUAUAUAAUUGCAGACAAAAGCACAAAUACAUUGUACCUUCCUUGUUGUGUGAAGGGUUUGUUUAUAUCCUUGGAAGAUUUUUUCCAAACUUUCGAUACAGUGUUUAUUUUAUGUUAUUUCGAUCAUACUUUGUCAAAUUUUUCUGAAAAUCCAUUUUCCACAUCCAUCUGAAGAUUUUUUUUGUUCAGUUGUUUUGGUUAAAGCAUACUUUUGAGAAAUGAAAGAAAGGGAAUUUCUUGGCCACAGAAAAUAUGUUAAUUUUUUUUUUUCUUAAUAAGUUAUAGUUUCGUACUAAGAUUCCAAGGGUGCAUCAUUCAUGCAGCUGGUUGCUUUAGAACUUGUAUGGUGCUUUGGGCCCAAAAUAUGUCCUCUAUGAUGAAUCCUGUAUAAUACCAGUUUAUAUGAUAUAAAACAGAUUGUCUCUUUUAUUUUGUCAAUUUUUAACCAAAAAUUUUGAUGUUUUUGGCUUACACAUUUAAUAAUAAGCAGCUUAUUUGGAAUGUUUAAAUUUUCCUUGCAGAAAAAGUCUUAACACCUUAAAGAAUUUCUUUUCAGUUCAGCAUGAUUGUGUACUUGUUUGCUUCCCUUUGUUAAUUUGCCCCAAAUGUAUUCCUCUGCAUGACUUGUUUUAACACAUGGUGUUAUGUUACACAUUUCGGCUAUGAAUUAGGUAUACAUCAAGUUAAUGUAUGAAAGAUUUAUGUAUCAAUAAAAUGGGCUCAAUUCAAAACAA